AUGAAUAAACAAAAUAUUUCACCCAAAAAAAAGCAAGAAGAUAUAAAAAAGCGUUCUUAAUCUCCACAAUCAUAAAAGAAUUAAAAAAUAACAGAUUUAAAUGAAAACUCUCAUUCUAAAAUUAACGAUUUAUCAACCAGACUAAAAAACUACAUAGGUACCUACAUAUAAGCUCCUGAAUAUAUAAAAGACAAUAUUUAUAUACAGUCUGGCUAUAGGAUCAACUUUAGUUCUACCAAAAACAUGUUAAAGAGUCUAUUUAUGGUUCAUAAUGAAUUAGUAAACAUAUGGACUCAUAUAAUUGGUGCAAUAGUCAUAAUUUUAUUAUGUGUAUAUAUAAGUACAAGUAUAGGAAAUAUAGAUAUUCAUAGUUGGAAAAGUUAUUUAAAUGAAAAUUUAGAUAAAUAAUUACAACCUAUUUACGAAGAAUUUAACAAUUUAGAUGAGGCCUUUAAUAAAAGAAUAAACGAGGGACUGAACUAAAUAAAUAAAGCGAAUAUAAACAUAGUUCAAAAUAUUAAUAAUUUCUUAGAUGAAGUAUCAGAUAUGAAAAAAGAAAUAAAUCCUCACAACGUAUAUAAAAUAGUCGAAAAAUUCCAAAACUUUUCAUUUAGUGAGAAAUUGGCAAUUUUAGAUAUAAAUAAUAUAUACUUUUAUAAAAAUGAAAUAAUGAAAAAAUUAACAGAAUUAUAAUAAUAAGUAAUAGAUUAAAUAGAUUCUCAUUAAUUUGAUUGGAUAGAAUUUCAUAUAAAUGAUAUUUAAAAUAAGAAUAUAUUACUUACAAAUUAGUCUUCUCAUGAUAUUUCUAGAUGGCCAAUUUUCGUAUUUUUAAUAAGUGCAGUUUUAUGUCUAUCAUUUUCUUCAACAUUCCAUUUGCUUUAUUAACUAAGUCCUAUACAUAAUAAAAUUUUACUUAGAAUGGACUAUGCGGGAGUCAGUUUAUUAAUAAGUGGAUCUACUUUUCCUAUAUUUUAUUACGGAUUUUUCUGUAAUUAGAUAUUAGCAUACUUUUAUAUGACGAUAGUAGGAGUAGCUUCAUUGAUUGUUUUUGUGGUUUCUUUAUAAGAUUUUAUACAUACACCUAAAUAUUGGAUUGUUAAAAGUGUUAUGUAUGCCUCUUUAGGUAUUUUUGCGGCUGUUCCAAUGCUUCAUUUAUGUAUUUAUGAGUAUAUGGGACAUUCUAAUGACAGUUUUUUGAUUAUUAAUAGUGUACCAUAUUAUUUACUGAUGGGUGUUUGUUAUUUAGGAGGAUUGACUAUUUAUGCGAAAAGAUGCCCGGAAAAAUAUAAACCAGGAUAAUAUGAUAUUUGUGGAGCUAGCCAUUAAUUGUGGCAUAUUUCUAUUCUUUUUGCAAUUUUAUUUACUUAUAUUGGGGCACUUAUUAAUUUUUAUACAAGAAAAAUGUCAAUUUGUAAAUGA